AUGGGGGCAUAUAACACAAGAAUUUGUGAACAACUUAUCGACAAUUGUUUGUCUCAGGAUUGUGAUUUGAAUGGCCUUGGAUGUGAUAAUAUGACUGGUCGGUCACAAGAAGAUUAUUUAAAACAACUUCAGAAAAAUGUCACAACAAGAGCAGGUGCUACACACGAAGAAAUAUUCUCUACUCCGAGCCAUUCUCCGCCUACAGCAGUAGUUCAGGAAGCUGAUAUUGAUUCUGGGUUAAUUGUUCCAGUUGAAAGUGUUCCAAUUGAGAGUAAUUAUUUAGACUAUAAAAAUGCUUAUGUCAAAAAUUUUGGGAGUACUGAAACAAUUCCUAUGGAGCAAUCCGUCGAAGAGGAAACGAACGAAAUCUCUGAAAAGGAUCAACUUGCUGAAAAUGAUGGUACUGAUGGGACAGAAGGAACUGAUUAA